UCUUUUUUACUACCCAAAACCUUCAAAACCUUCAAAUCAAACCAAGAAAAAAAAAAAAAAACACAAUUAGUUAAUGUGCCAUUCUUAAAAGUAAAGAUCACCAAUGAUAGCUCUAGAGAGUACGUCCAAGAACUCGGCGACUAUCUCAUCGGAGAGUCAAGAAAGCAAGGGAGAUAAGACGAAACCGGUUAGAGAUUCCGGUAAGCAUCCGGUUUACCGUGGAGUUCGGAAGAGGAGCUGGGGAAAAUGGGUGUCGGAGAUACGCGAGCCGAGGAAGAAAUCUCGUAUAUGGCUUGGAACGUUUCCUUCGCCGGAGAUGGCGGCGCGUGCACACGACGUAGCUGCUCUUAGCAUAAAAGGAACCUCCGCGAUACUCAAUUUCCCUGACCUCGCCGGUUCUUUCCCACGACCAAGCUCUCUCAGUCCUCAAGACAUCCAAGCCGCUGCUCUCAAAGCCGCACACAUGAAGAUCAUCAAGACCACUUCACAGUCUUCUUCUUCUUGUUCUUCUUCAUCAUCUUUUACGUUUUCGUCCUCACAGUCUUCUUCUUCUCUGGAGUCUCUCGUGUCGACCGGCUCGGAGGAGCUAGGGGAGAUUGUUCAGCUGCCGAGUUUGGGAUCGAGUUACGACGAUUCGACUCAGUUCGGUAACGAGUUCAUAUUCUCUGACUCGGCAGAGUUUUGGGUUUAUCCACCGCAGUGGUCAGAAGGUGAUUAUGAGAUGAUUCCUAGUUUCAGUGAAGGCUUAUUAUCACGAGAUUGGGAUUUUCAAGGACUGUAUAAUAAUUAAGUUAACUACUUCAAUUCCUAGUAAUGCUGUGUUAUUUACCUUUUUUUUCACUUUUUAGUGAACCCUUUAUUUUGUGGGGUGAGUUACGUUUAGGGUUUUUUUUUUAUCUUCGAUCUUUUCUUAAUUUGUGUGUGUGUGUGGGAGUGAGAGAGAGCUCCAUAUAUGAAUACUUGUACAAAA